UUCAUCGCUCCAGCUCGUUUAAGUAAUCAGCUAGAAACUACAUAAAAUCAACAUGACCGGACGCGGCAAAGGAGGAAAAGGUCUUGGAAAAGGAGGCGCCAAACGUCAUCGCAAAGUGUUGCGUGACAACAUCCAGGGAAUUACCAAGCCCGCCAUUCGUCGGUUAGCUCGCCGUGGCGGAGUCAAGCGUAUCUCCGGUUUGAUUUACGAAGAGACACGCGGUGUUUUGAAAGUGUUCCUGGAAAACGUGAUCCGUGAUGCAGUCACCUACACCGAGCACGCCAAGAGGAAAACCGUUACAGCCAUGGACGUCGUUUACGCUCUAAAACGUCAAGGACGCACCUUGUACGGUUUCGGAGGUUAAAAUGUUUCAUUCGCGAUUUGAGUACGUAAUGUAAAAGAACACCUAUAAAAAGGCCCUUUUCAGGGCCACCACUACUUUUAAUCUACACGCGCGCGCAGUUUGUGUCUGUCUUGUUUGUUUCUACUUCAUCAAACUACUAUUUAUGGUAUGGUGAAUGAAAUUUUAUUAGCACUUUAAUUUCAUUAUUUUUUUUUAUUUAUAUCACUCAACUUUAUAUCCAUCAACUAAUUAGAUUUAAAACGAAAAUGGUUCUUUAUAAAAUAAACUCGAAUAUAUAUAUUAAACAUACGAAAUUGAUUUCUGUGUAAACCAAAUUGUUGUUAAAUACACCCCGUAUAAUUGAAAAAGAAUUGCGCGCGUAGAUUAAGGGUUAAUAUCACUGAAAUAUUUAUCACAUAUUAUGGAUUGAGACUAAAAAAGAUUAUAUACGGAAAGUAUUUUUUCUAUCUUAUUGAUGUAGUUAAUGGCAAUUGUAUUGUUUUGAUGUAGUACACUACUUUGUUACAGCUAAUGGGUAGAUCACUUUGUUGAUGUUAUAAAAAUAUAAUAAUAUGUUAUGUACGCGGAUCUACCUCUUACUAUAUCGGUAUU